AUGUUGAGAGCGUUAUGGAGAGGUGACAACGAUGAUCGAAAUACAAUCUACGAUGAUCGAGAUAGUUAUGACGAUGAACAUGAAUCAGUUGACUAUUCUUACCUACAGGAACAUUGUCAUUUUUUAUUACUGUCCCAAAAAGAGGAUAAAGGAGCCGAACGAUCAUUGGUAGUGGUAGCAAUUUUAAGUGCUAUUUUUAUUAUUGCUGAAUUCAGCGGUGGCGUUUUGGCCCAAAGUUUAGCAAUAAUGACCGACGCUGGACAUAUGCUUAGUGAUUUGCUCUCUUUUAUUAUAUCUAUUAUAGCAAUUCGACUUGCACGCUCUCCUGCAAAUCACCGAUUAUCAUUUGGUUUUCUUCGUGCGGAAAUUUUGGGUGCUACGAUAUCGAUUAUAAUUAUAUGGAUUCUUACCACAAUGCUUGUAAUGCUUGCUUUACAGCGGAUUAUCAAUAAUAAUUUCGAUGUUAGUCUAUUGGAAAUGCAAUCAAAGGUUGAUGCGAAUACGAUGAUUAUAACAGCAGGUGCAGGCGUAUUGUUUAAUAUUAUCAUGGGACUCGUAUUGCGGUAUUUUCGCUGCACUCAUUCACAAGACAUGGGUCAUAGUCACAGCCAUGCUAAUGUUAACGUACGAGCAGCUAUUAUUCAUGUCCUUGGUGAUUUUAUACAGAGUAUCGGCGUUCUAAUUGCUGCUGUCGUCAUUAAGAUAACAGAUUGGAAAUUAGCUGAUCCAUUAUGUACUUUCCUCUUUUCUAUAAUCGUAUUUGUUACAAGUGUUACUGUAAUUCGUGAUAUUUUCUUCAUAUUAAUGGAAGGAACACCCGCACAUAUCAAUUAUGGUAACUUACAGAGUGAUUUGUUAAGCAUAAAUGGUGUACGAACAUUGCAUAGCUUACAUGUGUGGUCAUUGAAUAUGGAUAAAACAGCUUUAGCAGUUCAUUUAGCCAUUGAUGAACCAGAAAAAGCAACGGAAACAAUGCAAGUAGCUAGUAGACUUAUACGCUUUAAACACGAUAUGGGUGCUAUUAAUACACUUAAAUGGGUUGCGCUUACUUUGAUAUGCAUUUCAACAGUAGCAGCUGAAGUUUACAGUUGCGGGGGUUUUGUCAAAUCACCAGAUAUCCCAAUCGAUUAUUCAAAAAUACAGGUUAAACUAUUUACUGCUGAAGGAAAUUUGAAAUUUGAAACGGAAUGCAGUCCGACGAAUGGCUAUUAUAUGAUUCCGGUGUACAAUAAGGGCGAUUAUUCCAUACGCAUUUUCUCUCCGGAUGGAUGGUUCUUUGAACCAAGUACUUUUAAUCUGAAAGUAAAUGGGAGGAAUGAUUUAUGCACCAGAGGUGAAGAUAUAAAUUUUGUUUUGAACGCUUUCGCUGUGGAAGGUGUACUACGAAGUGGUGAUGACAGUGGACCUGCAGAUGUUGCAUUGAUUCUUAUUGCCGAAAAUGGCACUAUUGUAUCGGAAGCAAAAACGGUUGCAAAUGGUGCAUAUAGAUUUCAAGCAUCACCUGGAAAAUAUUUAGUAUCAACCGCAGGUGAUAGCACAGAAUGCAUCGAGCGUGAUAAAAUACCGGUAUCGAUUACAACAUCACCAGUUCGUGUAUCGCCGGAUUUAAAAAUAUCGGGACAUUUAUUGACAGUUUCUGUUUUAUCCAAAAAGCAUCAAGUAGCUGGUGUUUCCGUAGCACUUUAUUCGGAAAUUUCUUUGCCAUACUGUGACAAAGGAAUGGCUGGUAUGGAAAAAGAAGGAAGAAAAUUUAAUGGAAAACUUGUUUGUAUAAUGAAGACUGAUAACAAAGGUAUAGCUCAAUUCCCGUGCCUUCCUCCAGGAUCGUAUACUAUCCAGCCAUCUCUUUCCACCGACAAAAUUCAUUUCAGUUUUUCACCGGAAUUGAAAGAAAUCACAAUGGGAUCAUCUGCGGAGAAAAUUGUUUUCAACACACUUGGAUUUAAUAGCAAAGGUCAAGUGCUUUUAUCAGGACAGCCAGUUGUCGAUGCAGUUAUUUAUGUAAAUGGCGAACCAAGAGGGAAAACUGAUGCAAGCGGAUGGUAUGUGCUUGAUGGCUUACAAGAUGAAACUUACACAAUAACUGCUAAAAUGGAUCAUUUUGCCUUCAAUACGGUAAGCAUCAAGCUGACUGCAAAAAAAGCUGAAAUUCCGGAUAUCGUUGUAGAAAGUGUAGACGUAUGUGUUACGGUGAGUGCGGAAGAAAGCAUUAAUCAUGAAAUGUCGAUCAUUUUCACCAAUCAGCAAACAAAAGCAGUGAAAUUACUGCGUACAAAGAGUGAUGGGAAAAUAUGCAGUUUGCAAGCAGUUGGCAGAUAUAUUAUUUCGGUUUCAUCCGCAAACGAUUUAGUAAUGACUCCAAAACAACGUGAAGUUGAUUUAUCGAAGGGUCCUAUACUUGACAUUAUAUUUAGUCAAUUCAAAACUGAUAUGAAUGUUAGUGUUAUCUGUAUAGAUGACUGUGAUAUUUUGAAAAUAGAACUCUGGAGAGAAGAAGUGUUAAUAGAAAGCCUUGAAGGCACUAAUCAAUUUAUUUUUCAUCACUUAGCACCAGAUUCUUAUAAAUUGAAAAUGAUAGAUAAUGAUCGAUUUUGUUGGGAAAAAACCGAAAUGGAUAUUGUUAUUGAACGUGCUAACUUAGAUAACCUCGUGUUUCGUCAAGUAGGAUAUCGAACGACAACCCGAUUGUCACAUCCAGCUAAAGCGAAAUGGAGCAUGUUGGAAAAACCUCAAAUCAGUGGUUCGCUUAAUAUACCAGCUGGGCAGUUUUUUUUCUGCAUUCCUUUAGCCGGCAUUUAUACUGUGAUAUUUGAAGCUUGCCAUAAAUUUGAGAGACAAUCAUAUGAAAUUACUGUUCCGCAGGAAGUUCCAUUUGUUGCAUCUGCUUCAAAAUUUGUAAUCUCUGCUUCGAUUGAAUUGGAUCAUAUAGUGAAUCAGCUUGAUGAUUUUACCUUAUCUGUCAAAUCCAGUACUGACAAACAAGUGAUUCCGGUAACUUCCUCAGCAGAAAAAAGACUAACUUUCACAUUUUAUUUAUCAGCGUUGGAUGCUGAUUCACUUGUUACACUUACACCUCAGUCGAAAACUUAUCUUUUCAAUCCAACUUCUCAUAUUUUCAAGUUCAGUGCUGAAUGUCAUUUGGAUGAAAUAACUUUCAAAGCUGAUAAAGGUAUCUUUUUGGAAGGACAAGUGGUGCCAGCUGUUAAGGACGUGUAUAUCCGUUCACCAUGCAAAGAUGAUCCAAAUGUUAUCCUUGAAUCAGCAACCGAUUCUGACGGCAAAUUUAGGAUCGGUCCAGUGCGAAAUAUUAAAGAUUUCGAUAUAACUGCCGAAAAAAGUGGAUAUAAAUUUAAAAAAACAAAAAAACUAGGAGUGUUAAAUGCCGUAAAACUAUCGCAGCUGAUCAUUAUUGCUACCGAUGCUGAGACCGGUGAGCCACUUUCUAAUGUACUCAUUUCUUUGAGCGGUGCUGAGAAUUAUCGAUCAAACAACUUCAUUGAUAAAACCGGAAAAAUCGUCUUCAUUGGCUUGCGACCUGGAGAAUAUUUUUUACGUCCCAUACUACAGGAAUAUAAAUUUGAUCCAAAAUCAAUCACAGUAAAUAUCAAAGAGGGUGAAUUUGAAACGGUAAACUUGAAAGGGCAUCGAUUUGCAUAUAGUGUUUUUGGCAAAGUUUCCUAUCCAGCUGGUCAACCAGUACCAACAAUGACUGUGGAAGCAGUAUCGGAAAAGUGCAAUCAGUUGCAAGAGGAGGAUACAACGAACGAAAAUGGUGAAUAUCGGAUUCGUGGUCUUCAUCCUAAAUGUGUCUAUAGAUUGGUUUUGAAAACACCGAGCGGUCAACGCUUGCAGUCAUAUCCAACACAUUAUGAUAUCACGGUAAAUGCUGAGGAUGUCAACGGUAUUGAUUUUGUGUUAACACAUAUCGAUGAACGAGUAGAUGUUGCUGGUGAUGUUAUAUUUAUUGAUGUUAAUUCACCACCGCAAUAUAAAAUUGGUCUUUACAAAAGUGGUAAUUUGAUUCAGCAAACAACUGUUGUGGCACCGUCUACUGUAUUUUACUUCGAAAUUCCUACAGUAGAUAAUGCCGUAUAUUCGAUUCGAUUUGAGACAAUUUAUAGUGCAGGUAAUCAGAAACUGGAUUCUGCAGAAGUUUUCUUCAUCGCAAAUGAGACAUUUAAAGCUGUAUCAUUGAGUAUACGUCCACAGGCUCUCUCAUUUGUGGAAGAAAUACUUACUCGAUUAUCGAACAUAUCGCUGCCACAACGUAGUCUAUCACCCAACGAUGAUUUUGCUGAUGUAGCCAGAAAGCGACAAAAAUUGAAAAAGGCACAAUAA